AUGCCUCUUCCGCCUCCUCCAGGUCUCCGACAGACUCCCUCGUCGCUUCCGCCCCGCCCACCUCCAUCCUCCAACAUCGCGCAGCCUCCUGCCAACCCUGUAGGCCAUGGCAGAUCUCGACCAACAGGCUACAGUGCCUUCACGGCGUUCCAACCACGUGCGGUAGCCUCCAGUCAACCGCGCGCGAACCGCCACCCGGUCUCGAACCCCUCAGUCUCUGCUGGUUAUGCAACCCCCGUCAAUAGUUACGUCAAUCACUAUCAACAGCCACAGCCUCAACCAUACCAGGGUGCGCCUUCCUACUAUGGACAACCUCAAUACGCUGAAAACACAUACGGUCCGGCCGUCCCACAGAUUGCGAAUCCAUACGGUCCGGCCGUCCCGCAGAUUGCGAAUCCAUUCGGACCUACGCCCACCCAGACCAACAAAGGGUUCCCACAGAAUUCCAACGCCCCGGGUUUCGAUGCAGAGACUGAAGCUCAAAUCGCGCAGUGGCAGAGCGCCUACAACAAACCAAGUGAAGAUACCGCCAAGCAAGGCAACCAGCCCGGUUCAGGCGUGAACACAGGAGCGGGAACCCCAACCGUCGGCACUCCCACCCCGCAGGCCGAGUCAAAAAAGACUGUCAUUCGUUCAGGUGGUGGCCAAACAUGGACUGACCCUACCCUCUUGGAGUGGGAUCCGGCACACUUCCGCCUUUUCGUGGGUAAUCUUGCAGGUGAAGUCACGGAUGAGUCUCUGCUGAAGGCAUUCUCACGCUACACAUCGGUCCAGAAAGCGCGUGUCAUUCGAGAGAAGCGAACCCAAAAGAGCAAAGGCUAUGGAUUUAUCAGCUUCAGUGACGGCGACGAAUACUUCAAAGCCGCAAAAGAAAUGCACGGAAAGUACAUUGGUUCGCACCCGAUUCUCCUGCGCAGAUCCGAGACUGAAGUUCGCCCAGCUUUGGACCCAAAGCAUGGAAAGAAACAGGGUAAAGGCAAGGGGCCCGGAGGUAAAGCUGGAGCAGGUGGAGCAGGUGGAGCAGGAAAAGUGAAACACGAUGGUAUCAAGAAGUCCGCCAAAACCAAGGGAGGGUUGAAGAUUCUGGGUUGA